CAGCGAAAUGUCAGGAUCAAGUUUGAAUAUGAAGGAGAGAAAAGGAUUAUCCAGUUUCCAAGACCAGUCAAGUUCAAAGAGGUGGUGCAGAAGGUCACAGAUGCUUUUGGACAGACGAUGGACUUAGUCUGUGUGCACAAUGAGCUCCUGAUCCCGCUGAAAUCCCAGGAAGAUUUGGACAAAGCGAUGGAACAGUUGGAGCUGAGCCCUUCCCUGAAGAGCCUGCGGAUCCUUGUGAGCGCUCCAAAGAAAGCGAAUCUCCUGCAGCCAAACAACAGUAAACAGCACGAAAUGAGGAUCUCCAGGUCCAUGGGUGAUAUCAUGGGAUCCCUGUACAAGGACUCCGAGAGGACGCGGAAGUAUUCAACAGGCUCUCUGCACACCGGCCGGAGCUCUCCACCCCCGGGGAGCGUUCCUGAAGAGCAGCAGCAGAUCGCUCGCCAGGGAUCCUACACCAGCAUCAACAGUGAGGGCGAGUUCAUCCCCGAGACCAUGGACCAGAACAUGCUUGAAGCUUUCAUCAGUCCCGAUGGGUCACUGUCUGGGAGCUGCCAGUCGCUGGACAGAUCUGUGGACAGCCCUCCCUUUACCCAAACCCCUGUUCCUGGAAGGAAGAGUCAUCCCAAAGACAGUCUUGACUGCCUGGAUUUCGACAUCCCGUUCUGUGAGAGGUUUGGGAAAGGUGGGACCUUCCCGAGGCAGUACCACCUCUCCCAGAGUCGCAAGGACUACAGUGAUGGCCGCAGGACUUUCCCCAGGAGUUACUUCCCACAGGAGAACCUGUUUCAGCUCGUCCCUUCCAGCCGAACCAAAAGCUUCAAUGGUGACAGCAAGCUCAGCACCUUGCAGUAUGACGAGUGCAGGCCCAAAUGGUGGAACAACUGUGAGAAAGGCCUGCAGGUCUUCAGCACCUCCCCUACGAAAGCUCGGAACUCCCUGCAGGCACCUGUGAACUGGAGGCUGGGGAAGCUGCUGGGAAGAGGAGCUUUUGGGGAAGUUUACCUCUGCUACGAUGCUGACACGGGCCGGGAGCUGUCGGUGAAGCAGGUGCCUUUCGACCCUGACAGUCAAGAGACGAGUAAAGAGGUGAAUGCCUUGGAAUGUGAGAUUCAGCUGUUGAAGACUCUCCGUCAUGAUAGGAUAGUGCAGUACUACGGGUGCUUGCGGGAUCCUGAGGAGAAGAAACUGUCCAUCUUCGUUGAAUACAUGCCAGGGGGCUCCAUAAAGGACCAGUUAAAAGCUUACGGUGCUCUGACCGAGAACGUCACACGGAAGUACACCAGGCAGAUCCUGCAGGGAGUCUUUUACUUACACAGCAAUAUGAUUGUCCACCGGGACAUUAAAGGUGCCAAUAUUCUGCGAGAUUCUGCUGGAAAUGUGAAACUUGGAGAUUUUGGAGCCAGCAAACGCAUCCAGACCAUCUGCAUGUCUGGGACUGGGAUUAAAUCUGUCACGGGAACACCGUAUUGGAUGAGCCCAGAGGUUAUCAGUGGAGAAGGCUACGGCAGGAAAGCUGAUGUGUG